AUGGACCUGGAGGUGGGCGCCCGCGUGGCGUUCGGCGCCGGCAAGAGCGGCAUCGUGCGCUUCGUGGGCGAGACGGACUUCGCCAGCGGCGAGUGGGUGGGCAUCGAGCUGGAGCGGCCCGAGGGCAAGAACAACGGCGAGCUCAACGGCCGCGUCUACUUCACGUGCGCGCCCAACCACGGGCUCUUCGUCAAGAAGUCCAUGGUGCGCGCGGUGCUGGGCUCCUCUUCCUCCAGCGCUUCAGGCGCUGCCAAGGCGCCGCUGAGCCGCCGGCUCUCUGGCGUGGGUAGCGGGACGGCGCGCCGCCUGUCGGGCGUGGGGGCGUCUUCGUCCAUCCCGGCGCCUUCCUCGACCGGCAGCAGCUCCGCGAGCUCGCGGCUGUCGACGCCCAGGACGCGCGCGUCCAUGAUCACGCCCAGCAGUCGCUCGAGCAUCUCUGCGGCGGCGUCCGCGGCCUCUGCUUCAGCCUCGCGGCUGUCGCUUGAGCGCCGCACGUCUGGGGGCUCCGCCGCGUCCGCCAGCGCCUCGGUGUCAGACGACCAGCUCGCUGACGCGCGCGCGCGAAUCUCAAAGCUGGAGGAGGAGCUGGAGCAGAAGAACAGGCACGUGGAGCAGCUGAGACAGAGCGUGUCGGUGAUGAAGGAGGCGGCGGCGGCCAACAGCGAGAAGAUCAAGCUGCUGGAGGAGCAGGGGCAGGAGCAGGAGAAACAGAUCGAGGAGCUCGCCGCUGCUGGCCAGGAAGAGCAGGAACAGGCACAGGUAGAUGAAGACGGAGACGAGAAGAUGGAGGAGGAUGAAGUGCUGGAGGAGCAGGACGCCUUGUCUCCGCAGGAGGAGCUGGCGCAGCAGGUGGAGCUCAUCCGAGAGGAGGCGGAGGAGCACGUGCGCUCCGUGCGCGCGGAGCUGGAGGACCAUAUUGCGGAGCUGCAGGCUGAGCACGAGGAGCAGCUGGACGAGCUGAGGCUCGAGAACGCAACGCAGGCGUCGGAGAUUAAGGCGCUGGAGGCGGAGGUGGCGCAGCAGAAGACGCGCAUUGCCGCGUUCACGGCUGCGGAGCAGAAGAAAGCGGAGGAGGUCGCCAUGGCGGUUGCCAAGUCGAGCUCUGGCGCGCGUAAGGUGGAAGCGCUGGAGAAGCAACUGGCAGAGCUCCAGGAUAUGAUCGAGAUGAUGACCUUGGAGAAGGAGACCAUUGAGAUGGAUAAGGAAAUCGCCGAAGAGCACGCCGAGGAGCUGCAGCAGGAGGUCGAGAAGUUGAAGGCUGCUAUGGCGCUGUCGGCUACUACUGGAUCGGAUUCUGAGGUAUCUGCGAGCAGUGGGGACUUGGCAGACGAGAACAGAAAGCUCCGAGCUGCGGUGAAGACCUUGCACGAGCGCGCGUCGGAGGAAAAGGCUGAUCUGAGCAAGAAGCUGCGUCAGGCUCAACGUGAGAACGCUGAACUUGUGUCGCUGCGGGAAGAGGUUGAAGAGCUGACUACGAAAAAGAACACUCUCGAAAGCGAAGCCGAGGAGCUAAAGGAGAUGCUGGAUGUGGCGAAUGCUUACGAGUCCAUGGUCGAAGAUUUAACCGAGAAGAACUUGACUUUGGGCGAAAAGUUGGCAGAGCUGGAGACCACGGUGCAAUCGCUGGAAUCGUUGCGCGAGGUGGACCAGGAAAUGGAACAUCAGCAUACCGAGUACGAGGCUGAGCUGCGUGCGGAAAUCGACUCUCAACGGCUAUCGUUGCAGGAACUGAAGCAGGCUGCAUUGGACCAGAAAACUGUUCUUGAGGACAAGGAGCGCACAAUUGCGCGCUUCCGCGAUCUUGCCCACAGUCACCGCGAAGAGAUUGCGCAGCUGAAGGCGAAGCUUCGUGUGGAGAGUGGUGCGGUGGAGUCACUGAAGGAUACUGCACACUUGGCGCUGAACCAGACGAUGGGGCUGCGCGCCCUUGUAGCAGCUGCACGUGAGCACGAAACUGAGGCAGCUAAACAAAAGAUCAUCGCUGAGCAGGCUAGACUGGAGAACUCGUUCUUGCGCGCUGUGGUGCCGAACUCGAUCUUCUCAGAGACCGACCAGAAGGUUCUUCGUGUCCGGUUGACGCUAGGACGCAUUGCAGGCAAAUCGGACAUCUUGCUGCAGCACUUGAAGAAGGAUCUGGAUACCGUCGUCCAGCAACCAACGAGCAGCCCUCAGGAGGGCGAAAAGGAUGAUGGCAGCGUCUCCAUUGCGGGUGUGAGCGUGGAACAGUUGGUACUGGGUGAUAAGUUGGCGGCAGUCUCGUGCCAAGCCAAGGAAGACCUAUUCAUGCUGGAAUGCCACCUGACUACGGAGGACGAAUUCUCCCAGGGCUGCUCAGCACUCGACACCUCGCAGACGUCGGCGUUGGAGAGUGUGCUGGACUCGGCUCUGUCUGCGUUCUCCGAAGGUGCUCUGUUCAAUGGUGCCCGUGGUGGUGGCGAUGUUGCUUCGCUGUAUGAUCGCCUUGUGCAGACCUCGGAUGAGUGGCAUGCUGGUCGAGUCACUCAGGUUUCAUCAUCCGUGGGUGCUGAGAGCUUCAGUGCUCGCUGCGCAGUGGUCAAGUUGCGUGCGCGAAAAAAUGUGGCGAAGAUGGCUUUCUCGAUCUCUGCAAUGGUCACCUUCUUGCGCGCGACCAAGAACCUCAUUGCUAGCCCCGAGAUGCCUGACGAUGCACAAACUGCAGCGCUACGGACGGACUUGCUUCCGGUUCUGGACAAAUGUCUUGGCGAGCUGCUCUCAGUGCUGAAUGUUGCGCAGCUAUUCUACCGCCGCGCAGAGAUCGAUCUAGCUGCCUCAGAUGAUGAUCUGGACGGUCUUGUGGCUGCUGGCGGCGAGACCGUGACUUCUAUUCAGAGCUACGCCAUGGAGGCUCAGUCGCUAGCUAGUGCGCUGCAAUCGCAGUUGUCCCAGGAUGGUCUUCUGGAGCACGCUAAAUCAGCGGAAGAGUUGGUGCAGUUCACGCAACAGGCUAUCUAUGACCACACUGUGGCGUUCAAGGAGAAGCUGGCUCUGCUGUUCAAGUUGGUGUGUCGUGGUGCCUUCACCGAUGCUGUGGCUCCACGUACUCGCAAUGAGCAUGGGGAUGGAGCUAAUGGUAGACCGCAAUGGCGCAUCCGUGCCCAGGCUAUUCACCAGGAGCUCGUGGAUGCUUCGACGCUGCGUAGCAAUUUGGCUGAGAUGACAGAGCUGUGCAAUGCGCUACACCAGCGUAUCCGAGAGUUCGAGCGCGCGGAUAGCCAACACCGCGUGGUGGCCCAGAAACUGGAGAGCCAAGUGCUGCAGCUGACGGAGAGCGUGGCUGCCAUGACGAGUGAGAAGUCUCAGCUGGAGGCGCAGCUUGCAAAGGAGCGCGAGCAGUUCGACGUUGCGCUUGACGAGUCGAACAAGGAGAAGACGUUGUUGAACUCGCUCAACCGGGAUCUUCGCAAGCAGCUGAAACGCUCGAGCGACGCUGGCAGCGCGGCCAAGGCCGGAAAUGCCAGCGCUGGGGGCGGCAAGGGGUCAGCCAUGAGCGCAGCAGACGCCGACGCAUUCCGACGCGCUUUCCAGCAGCUCCACAACGAGCUGCACACUGUGCGCUCGACGCUUGCGAAGGAGCGAUUGGAGAAGUUGCUCGGAUCAAGUGCCAGCGCGAGCUCCCGUGCUUCCCAGGCAGCAAAACCUUCGGAUCGGUUGACGAAAUCGCUCAAGGAGGUGGCAACGUUCUCGCGCCAGGUUAAGGCUCAGCUGUCGAUGCCGCGUUUGGUGGAUCUCAAGCGAGCCGCGUCACCUACGGGCACUUCAGCACACGCGCAGCUCUUGGCUGAAAAGCUGCAGCAGUCGCGCGCGCAGCGGGACCUGGCAGCCCUUCGUGAACGCGUCGGAGCCGCUAUGCGCAAGGACGGUUGGGGCCAGGACGUCACGAACGCUAUCACUCGCGGCGAGAGCGUGUUUGGCUGGCAACCGCCGGAGAUGGAGCGGCCGCCCGUGCUUCUAGGUCGCGUGAAGCUGGGCGACAGUGGUGCCAGCAACUCGCAGUCCGUGCAGCUCGUGUUGAACCGCUCCGAGUACUCGCGCACAAUCUCCGCGGACAUGGGCGUCGGAUUCUCCUCGACUCGCCGCUGGGAUGGCUCCACCAUUACCUCACAGCAGGGCAAGCUGGUCAUCGUGACAGGCGCCAACUGCGGUAUCGGCUUCGAGACGGCCAAGACUUUGGCACUGCGCGGGGCUCAUGUGGUGCUGGCCUGUCGAGACGAAAGCCGCGGCCGCCAAGCGCUGGAGUCCAUCCGUCGAGCUCUGAGCCGGGAGGCCAGUGAUGCUGUCGGUGAAGUGGAGUUGAUGCUGCUGGACUUGGCCGAAGGCGACAGCAUCCGUGACUUCGCUCGCGCCUUUCGAGCCAAGUUCGACCAUCUGGACCUGCUGAUCAACAACGCGGGGGUGGCGUGUCCGCCGCAGCGACACAACUCGAGAGGCUUGGAGAGCACGUUCGCCAUCAACCACCUGGGCCACUUCUACCUGACGAGUUUGCUGUGGGAUCUGCUGCGCCGGUCGAAUCCGCAGGCGCGAGUGGUGAAUGUCUCGAGCGGUCUGCACCAUGCUGCCAAGUUGGACUUCGCCAUGAUGGGACACACCCCGGGCAAUUCCAUGAGCGACUACGCCGAGUCCAAGAUGGCCAACGUGCUGUUCACGUACGAACUGCAGCGACGGCUGCAAGCUGCAGGCGUUGAGAACGUUUUGUCCGUGGUGGUGCACCCUGGAGUUUGCCACACGGAGAUUUGGAACAAGUACAUCCGCACCAAGCUCGCGGGGUGGCCAUUCCUGCAGUGGCUGGCGAGGUGGGCGAUCUGGCUGCUGCCGUUCCUACCGCAGAGGAUUGGAGCUUUGCCCACGCUGUACGCAGCGACCGUGGAGAGCGCAGCCAAGGCACUGGCGGCGCAUGGGGCGCACGUGAUUCUCGCGUGCCGCAAUGAGGGCCGCGCUCGACGCGCCGAAGAGCUGAUCCGCGAAGAGCUGACCAAGCUACCUAGCGAUGUCGUGGGGUCGGUCGAGUUCAUGCAGGUGGACGUGGGUGACGCCGAUACCGUCCGCGAGUUCGCUCGUGCAUUCCACGACAAGUUCGACCACCUCGACCUGCUGAUCAACAACGCCGGAGUGUCAGUGCCCGCUCAGCGCCACAUGCCCAACGGACUGGAGGCUCACUUUGCUGUCAACCACGUCGGCCACUUCUACCUGACGAGCUUGUUGCUGGACUCGCUGCGUCGCUCCAAGGGCCAAGCUCGCGUAGUCAACGUUAGCAGUCUCGCCCACUACUUCGCCUGGAUGUACCUGGACUUCUCGACGCUGGGCCACACCCGCGGCAGCCUUCGCGACUACCUGACGUCCAAGAUGGCCAACCUGCUCUUCACGUACGAGUUGCAGCGUCGCCUGCAGUCCGCACAGGUUGAGAACGUGGUGGCAGUGGCGGCGCACCCUGGAUUGACACACAGCGACAUCUGGAACCGCUACUACCGCAGCACGUUCCCAUACUGGCUGGCUGAGCUCUUCGUGUGGCUGGUGUCGUGGCUGCCGUUCAUGACGUCGCAGAUGGGCGCGCUCCCCAUUCUGUACGCUGCGACCGUGAAGAGCGUCAAGGGCGGGGAGUACUAUGGCCCCAACGGCUUCCUGCACAUGCGUGGCUACCCCGCUCUCGAGGCAGGCGCCAAAGGUACACCUCUUCUUGCUCCGCUCUACGUGCCCGCCAUGAAGGUCAAGACGAUUUCCCGCGUGGAGAAGGACUUCACGCAAGAGGUGCAGUCCGACAAGCUCAAGGUCUUCCGCAACUAUGACCCGGCCCUCCACCCGUUCGAGCGGCCGCGCGAGUACACGCGAGCCCUGAACGCCGUGAAGCUCGAGCGCUUGUUCGCUAAGCCCUUCAUCGGCGCGCUGGACGGCCACUGCGACGGAGUGACGGCGCUGGCCACAAACCCCAAGAGCCUGGUGGCGUUCGUGAGUGGCGCGGCGGAUGGAGAGGUGCGCGUGUGGGACCUGCCGCGCCGCAAGUGCGUCUGGAACGUGUAUGGCCACCGCGGCUUCGUGCGCGGCCUGGCGGUGACCCCGGACGGCAACACUUUCUACUCGUGCAGUGAGGACAAAACGGUGAAGCAGUGGGCGCUGCGCGUCAAGGACGAGGACGACGACGUGCCGACGGCGCUGGCCACCUUCACGUCCAAGGAGCCGUUCCUGGGUAUUGACCACCACUGGUCUCAGAAUAUGUUCGCCACGUGCGGCUCCAAGGUGCAGGUGUGGGAUCCUUCGCGCUCGACGCCCACGCACGAGUUCGCGUGGGGUGCCGACUCGAUCAACUCGGUGCACUUCAACCCGGCGGAGGCUUCGCUGCUGGCUUCUACAGGCUCGGACCGCAACAUCACGCUGUACGAUAUCCGCAUGGCGUCUUCGAUGCGUAAAAUCGUCAUGGAGAUGCGGUCCAACGCGCUCGCCUGGAACCCAAUGGAGCCCAUGAACUUCACAGUCGCCAACGAGGACCACAACCUGUACACGUUCGACAUGCGCAAGAUGAACCGCGCGAUGAUGGUGCACAAGGACCACGUUUCGGCAGUAAUGGACGUGGCUUACUCGCCCACGGGUCGGGAGUUCGUCGCGGGCUCGUAUGACCGCACGAUCCGCAUCUUCAACGUGCGCUCGGCGAAGAGCCGAGAGGUUUACCACACUCAGCGCAUGCAGCGCAUCUUCUCCGUCAAGUUCAGCGCCGACGCCAACUUCGUGCUGUCGGGUAGUGACGACACCAACAUCCGCAUCUGGAAGGCUGAAGCGUCCAAGAAGCUCUCCAAGAUGGCCCCCCGUGAGCGCCGCAAGAUGGAGUACAACGAGUCGCUCAAGGAGCGCUACCAGCACCUGCGCGAGAUCAGCCGCAUCUCCAAGCACCGGCACGUGCCCAAGGCCAUCAAAAAGGCGGCCGAGGCCAAGCGCGAGGCCAGCGCGCGCGAGCAGAAGAAGAUGGCCAACCGCCGCGCCCACGCCAAGGAGGGCGCCGUGCCGCACACCAACAUCCGAGAAAAGGUCGUCGUCCGCGAAAUGGAGUAG